AGAUUAGUUUUGCUGCAAUCAUAGGAUGCUUUGAGUUGGAAGGAAUCCUACAGAUCAUCUGCCGUGGGCAGGGACACCUUCCACCAGACCAGGGUGCUCAGAGCCCCAUCCAGCCUGGCCUUGAGCACUCCCAGGGAUGGACCAUCCACAGCUUCUCUGGGAAAUCUGUUCCGAUGCCUCACUACCCUCUGACUGGCCUUGGCAGAGUUAUAUGAAGAUGAAGCUAAAAGACAGUCAUUGUGUUCUGACAAGCCAACAGCUACAAGGAUCAGUAACCCAAAGAUGUCACAGACUCUUAAACUGGAUUCUCUUAAACGGUUGAGAAAACCAGAGAGAAGCAUGAGUGAUGACAAAGAAAACCAAAGAUUUUAUUCAGGUGACUCCGAAUAUAGAGGAUUACAGAUUUCUGGGGCGUCAAGUAAUCCAAGUAAAAUUGUUGCUGAACUCUUCAAGGAAGCAAAGGAACAUGGGGCUGUCCCAUUAGAUGAAGCCUCAAGAGCAUCUGGUGAUUUCAGUAAAGCCAAGUCAUUUUCUGGUGGUGGAUACAGAUUGGGUGACUCAUCACAAAAGCACUCUGAAUACAUAUAUGGAGAAAAUCAGGAUGUUCAAGUUUUGCUGAAACUGUGGAGGAAUGGAUUCAGUUUAGAUGAUGGCGAGUUGAGAUCCUAUUCAGAUCCAACAAAUGCCCAAUUUCUUGAGUCUGUUAAAAGAGGGGAAAUUCCUUUGGAACUGCAGCGACUUGUUCAUGGUGGCCAGGUAAAUUUGGAUAUGGAAGAUCACCAAGAACAGGAAUAUGUGAAGCCCAGACUGAGAUUCAAAGCUUUCAGUGGUGAAGGGCAAAAACUUGGAAGCCUUACACCUGAAAUAGUCAGCACACCUUCUUCCCCAGAGGAGGAGGAGAAAUCCAUUCUUAAUGCACCUGUUCUGAUUGAUGAUUCCAUGCCAGCAACUAAAAUUCAAAUUAGAUUGGCGGAUGGAAGCCGGUUAAUACAAAGAUUUAAUCAAACACACAGGAUUAAGCAUAUUCGAGAUUUCAUUAUCCAGUCCCGUCCAGCUUUUGCAACAACGGAUUUUGUUCUUGUGACUACCUUUCCAAAUAAAGAACUAACAGAUGAAAGCCUGACACUACAAGAAGCAGAUAUACUUAACACUGUGAUUCUUCAGCAAUUAAAGUAAACUUGUGGUUGUUGUACAAUAUAGAAACCCUGCUGUACUGUCAUACAAUAUGUUUCCAACAGAUGAAAGAAAGGUGAUAUCAGUGUCUUUUUUAUUUCUUCUUUUCCAGGGAUCAUAUUUUUGGAUUUCAUGUCUUCCAGCUAUAACAUAUCUAACUUUUUUAUUUUAACUUCUCAACACUAUUCAGCCUUUUUUCAGUGUUAAAAUUAAGGUUCUAUAUGUUAGUAUGUUUCAAACCACAUCUUAUGCUAAAUGUGAAAUGAGAUAGGACUUUGUGACUCAUUGUUUUGAGGGGGGUGGGGAAUAGAGCAUUUUUCUGAAGGGGACAGUAUCUUUCAUACAGUUGGUAAGAUUUGCACUAUGGAAAUGUUCUAUGCUGCAUUGACAAACAGCCAUUUGAAAACUUAGACUGUAGGUUAUGUUUACCUGUAUUAAUAUUAAAGUGUUCUUUUUAAAAGGUUUACAGAUAAUUAAUGCCCUAAUAUAAUUUUUGUACGUUCUAUUUGUAGUGCUUUGUGGUGUAGUAUAAUAUUUAUAUUCUAGUUUUCAUGUAAUUUUCCUUGUAUUGUUGCUCUCAUGAGUGAAUCAGUUCAGGAGAUGCAAACCUCAGCUGUUGCAGACUAUGAUAGAAUGUUCUUAUUUGUAUUCUAGUCGUACUACUUGUGAUGAAAAUAAAUAUGAUUUUUUUUCUUGAAAGUCAGAGAAAUAUGAGAGACCCGAUCUUGGGGAAAUUAUGUGAUUUAGAGGAGGCCUGUGGUUAUUUUGAAUCUGAAUAUGCAGUUGGACCCUGGGCAGCAACGUGAUUCUUUACACAAACAGUUACUUAAACAACCCCAAACAAAAAUAUGCUGAGGUGCACAAACACAGAACUGGUCUUCUUUUGUGCAUGCAAGUGACAGCAUAAAAGUUUCAAUUGGUCACAUAUUUUUGACCUGAAUUUUGGUUGUUUAUAUUUGGAAUUUUGGCCAAAGGCUUUUUGUAGUAUUCCCUGGGGGUUUGGUUGUGCAGCUUUCAUUGUGCUUGUUUGGAAGCUGUAUAAUUAAACCCCUUCAUUUUUGAAAUUAUAUAUUUUUUCAAAACACUUGCCCCAACCCUGCAGUAAGCAGGUAGGAGUUUUAUGUUGGGGGAAACUGACUGCUGUGCUUUAGUAGUAUGCAGUUUUUUUAGUAUUUUUGGAUUUAUAUCAGAUGAGUGGAUCAUACUCUGAAGGAGAGUAGGUGGGCUGUAUCUCUUCUACCAAUGUGUUAAGAAUUGCUGUUUUCCAUGUUCAUUUUGUUCUGAAAAUAUCAAUACUUGUUUAUUUAUGUUAAGGUUAUAAUUGCUUAGUAUUCUUACGUUUUUACCUCAGAGUAGAUAUUUGAGUAGAUUUUAAACAUGCAAUUGUAUUUGAAAUAUUUUGUUUUGCAGUCUGAGUAUCUGCAUGAUUUUUUAUCAUAAUUCAUUUAAUGUGCUAAGUAAUUAAAGUUUUAUGUUUAAGAUCACAGACAAGACUUCUUGUGUUAUUCCACAGCCAAAUAUUUAAGCCUAAACACAAAGGAAUUGUCAUGUCCUAUGCAUGUAUUUUAUAUGCAAUAUACUAAAAAUUCUCUGUAUAAAUGCGAGACCAGAGUUUGUGAUACUGAUUUUGGACAGUCUGUGGUUUGGGCAUAUUUCAGUUCAGAGUAUAGGUAAAGUUACAUUGCUUAUUACUUCUGAAAAAGUAAUUGAUUAAGCAGUGACAUAUGAAGAAAAGGGGUUAAUUAAAUCGUUAAGUUUUUUAUCUCUUAGGCCAAAACCUACAAUUACAUAUCAUCACACUCUCCUUAUUUCAAAUACCUGUUAAAUUUUAGUGUUUAAUAGCAGCUGAGAGUAACUGGGGGUCCCAGAAGUUGACAUUAUUUUGUCAAGCAAUAAGAAAAUAUAUCAAUGCUUAUGUUUAAAUAUUUCACUGCUUCUCAGUACUUGAAAGCCUGUGGAAUCUUCUGUCUCAUAAUUUUAUGUCAUUGCUUUUAUUACUCUGAAUUGUCACUCGUAGCUGACAUCUUGGCAUUUUUGGCACAAAACUGUUCUUUGAAUGCAGACCUAUGUGGAUAUGCAGUUAAGACUGCCUACAAGGGGAAAGAACUUGGAAGGUGAUGAUGAUCUUUCUCUCACAGUAAGGCUGCUAAGCUUGGGAGUUCCAUUUUGUUUCCAUUAAAUACAGGUAGUAAUCCUUUUGCUUGCUCUUGUAGGCCACCUAUGAAAGGCUGAGGCUUCAUCUCUGCUUGACUUUUCUAGAAAUCCUUUAUCACACAAAAGCCAAAUAAUCAAAACCUGAAUGUUUUCUUUUAAGAAAACUCCUUCAUAAUAAUUUAUUCUGGAUAAACGCAGUCUUGUUAGUUUUUGGUUUGUUUGGUUUUUUUUCUCUCAACAGCACACUGAUAUUUGAAAACAUUCUGCUUUAAUUAAACUACUGGACACACUUGUAUAAUUAGCAUAUAUUAACAGUUACCUCAUACUGUUCUUGCUCUUUGGUGAAAAUCUGUCCAAUAUUAAAUGAAGCAAGGAAGAGCACACAAGUACUCUGAGGUGCUAUUUGCUAGCUCCCUGCUUAGUUGCUUGCACUAAGUUACAGCUCCCAUGGUCUUUAAGUUAUCUUACUCUGUGCAGGGAGAAGAGACAGAGCUGCAUCUCCCCUUGCUCAUGCUGCUUAAAGCCAGCAGGCCUCAGUGUAGGCAUGUGCUGCUCUCUGGGCAGGCGAGACACUGAGCAACAAGAGUCUGGGGUAAAUACUGCAUCAAUGGCAUGCCAAAAGCAGUCAGCUUCUGCUGUUCCUGUAGGAUGGGUAUAAUUGCAACAGGUUCCUGAAAACAUUAAAAGUGGGGCUGCUUAUAUUUAGCCUGGAAGGCACUGGCCCUAGAAUGGGGUUAGAUGAAAAGAGUGCAGCAGAGCAAUCUACACCCAUUUGAGGUUUACAGAAUUGACUUAGUGACUGGGAGAUGGUUUUAAUCCCUGUAUUUGUUAUUAGUGAGUUUGAUCAAGUUUGAGUUUAUAGUGCUGGUUCUAUUUCUUAAGGAACUCUUUCAAGAGAGCAUUUCCAUUGGGUCUUUGGUCCUAAAUUAAAUUUCUUCUCUUAAAAGUGACUCAAAACAGGUAACUUACAAAACAGAAAAUAGGGCAGUUACUUCACAGAGGGAGAAAGUAUUAGAGGACUGUUUGGUAGAGAAAAGCAUAACACAAAUUAGAAGAUUGUACAAAGCUGGAAACUCGGUUCAGAUAUUCUCAAAGGGAAAUUCAAACACAAUUUUCAAGAGCUGAACUACUGGAAUGAACCAGCCCUGAAAAUCAACUUCCUUUUUUGCUGGUUUUUUUUUCUGUUUGUUUGGUUUUGUUUGUUGAAAUCUUGCUGUUAUGCUGGCUUUCUGUAAGAUUUGUUUUAAUUAAAUAAAAUUUAUUUGUGUUAG